AUGGUUAUCGCAGGAAAAUUCAAUGCAUUCCCAUGGCUGCUCAUGGUCGAAGAGGACACAGAGGAAGAAGACAGCAGGCCCUUUCAUGACAAAAACAUCCAGGCUCCAGAGUCAAUUUAUGAUGGAUCUGUCAAUCAAGAGGUAUAUGAUGUUACCCUUGAUGGUGGUAGCAGUGAGAACUACAGUUCCAAAGAAGUUGUAGAGAAGUUGAAAAGCCAAUUGAGAGCCUCAGAGCUAUCCUAA